AUGGGGGUCUGGGCGGGCUGCCUGGGGCUGCUGCUGCUGCCCCUCCUGGGGGGCCGCCUGGGGGUGCCAGCGGAGGAGGUCCUGUCGCAGGUGGCCUUCGUGCAGCGUACCCUGAGCUCGGAGGAGCCCAGUGAGUUCAUGUUCGACUUUGACGGGGAUGAGAUCUUCCACGUGAACCUGGAGAACAAGACGGUCUCCUGGCGGCUGCCCCAGUUCCAGGAGUUCACCAGCUUCCAGGCCGAGGGCGCCCAGGGCAACAUCGCUGUGCUCCGCUCCAACCUGGACAUCCUCAUGCGCCGCUCCAACUACACCCCUGCCGAGAACGUCCCCCCGAAGGUGACGGUGUACCCGGAGAAGCCGGUGUCCCUGGGGGACCCCAACAUGCUCGUCUGCCUGGCCAACGGCUUCUCGCCCCCGGUGAUCAGCCUGACCUGGAAGAAGAACGGGCAGGAGGUGAAGGCCGCCUACGAGACAGACUUCUACCCCAACACGGACAACUCCUUCCGCAGGUUCUCCUACCUGACCUUCGUCCCCAACCCCGAGGACAUCUACUACUGUGAGGUGGAGCACUGGGGCCUGGCCCAGCCCCUCACCAAGGAGUGGAACACCAACAUGCCCGAGCCCCUCCCGGAGACGGCGGAGAACGUGGUGUGCGGCCUGGGCCUGGCCAUGGCCAUCGUGGGCAUCAUCGUGGGCACCAUCCUCAUCCUCAAGAGCCGGCAGAACAACGACGAGGCCCACUUCCGCCGGAGGCCCCUGUGA